AUGUCCAGCAUCGUAUUCAAUACCUUUCGAAGGUGCUGUCUGUACCGGUUUCGUACUCAACUACUGCAGCGACCAUUUUUUGUCUCGCACGACUUUUGCAUACCACAACCAGCCGCCGGUUUUGCUCAUCGAAAAGCGAAAGAUGCUUUUGCUCACCUCGAGGCAGCUCACAGCCCCGAUCACUUUGGCACACUGUCCCCGCAAGUGGACGAACCGGAAACACCCGACGAAGGGGAUGUGAGAGAGGAAGAGUUCCUGCAAAACAUACCCACCCGGGCCAGUAAGCUAUCCGUGCGCCAGUAUGCUGACAUGAUCAAGGAUCACCUGAAAAACAAUCGCAUUCGGGAAGCGUUGGAUGUGGUUGAGGUGCGCAUGAAGCAGGACCGUGUGAAGCCGGUAAACUAUCACUUUAACCUGCUGAUAGGUGGCUGUGCACGGGUCGGGUAUAGCAAGAAAGCGUUCCAGCUGUACAACAAGCUGAAGCAACACGGUCUGAAGGUGACGGGCGGUACGUAUACGUCGCUGUUUAACGCUUGCGCCAACUCACCGUUUCUUGCCGAUGGACUGAAGCGUGCCAAUGGUUUGCGCGAGCUCAUGAUCGAGAAGGGUUACGAACCGAACGAGUCGAAUUAUAAUGCUAUGAUCAAGGCGUACGGGCGAUGCGGUGAUCUGAAGACCGCUUUCCAGCUGGCGGAUGAAAUGGUGGCUCGCCGUUUGAGUGUCGGUACGGAUACGUUCAACUUUCUGCUGCAGGCGUGCAUUAGUGAUCGUGAGUAUGGGUUCCGGCAUGCGCUGCUAGUGUGGCACCGGAUGCACCGUAUGCGGAUCAAUCCGGAUCGGUAUUCGUUCAAUUUGUUGCUACGUUGCGUGCGGGACUGCCAGCUCGGUGAUCUGGAAACGACGGAGCAAGUGAUCGAACAGAUCCUGAGCCAAAGUAUUGCAGCUGGCCAGCAGCAGCAGCAGCCGUUACUAAAGGCGCCUGAUGAAGAGAGUACGACGACGCUUGUAGCAAACGCGGACAGCAGCGAACUGACCGACCGUCUCAAUUACGAAGGUGUGCCGGAUCUGCUGUCGGCCAACCCUCACCUGGGCAGCUUGGUAAAGCUGGGCGAGGUACGUAAGGCGGAAGACCGUUUGCUGCUGCUCGGUGGCACAUCGAACGUGUUGGGCGAGAUGAAACGCUGCAACGUUGAGCCGGACAUACGAACGAUGACCGAGCUGCUGGAUGUGAUCCCGCCAACGUACGCUGCGGAAAAGCACCUGCUGACCACGAUCAAGCAACUAAAGCUGGGAUGUGAUAUUGAUUUCUUCAAUAUAUUGAUCAAAAAACGAUCGAUGCGUUUCGAUUACGAGGGAGCUAGGGAAGUACUGUACAUGAUUGAGGCAGCGAAUCUGGAACCGGACAUCGUCACGUACGGUGUGCUGGCGCUCGGCUGCACCACACAAGAAGAAGCCCGCUCGUUGCUGAAAAUGAUGGAACAGGCGGACGUACGCAUGAACAUCCAAAUUCUUGGCGCUAUGCUACGGCAAGGUUGCGCCAAGCACAACUUCCGCUACAUCACGGAGGUGCUAAACAUUGUCAAGCGCGAGCGACUAAAACCGAACGAACCAUUCCUGCGCCACCUCGAACAGUUUGGUAAGGUGUGUGAAAAGCGGGACCGCGAUUACGACGCUAAACCCGGCAAAAGGGGACGGGACGAGUUUAAGGCGGAGUAUAAUCGAUAUCGGAUGCAGUUGGAUGCGUGGCGCGAACAGAUGGGACUGCACGGGCUGGCACUGGAUCAAGCGCUUGGGAUUGUGCGUGACCAUCCCUGGGAACAGUUUAACCAGCCGCAACCGGAUGGGUUUGAGGCGGUAAAAAAUCCAAAGCUAAGACACGCGCGGAAGAAACAACACUCGAUACGCCGGGUAGAUGUGGAAGCGAUCGGUGAGGGAGAGGAUAAGGAGAAGGAGGAGGGGGUGGUACGAUUGGUAAGCGAUGGACAAGCGGUAGAGAAGCAAUAA